CAACAUCACUAAAAAAAAAUUUACUACACGUCAUCUCGUGUGUGUGUUGUCAAAAUUGCAACAUAUACGAUUCGUAUAUUUUCUAUGAAAACGUUUGAAAUUGUGAACCAUUCAAUAUGGUCCUUAUAGCAGCUACAGUAUGUACGAAGUCUGGGAAAGCUCUUGUGUCGAGGCAGUUCGUAGAAAUGACGAAGGCUCGCAUAGAGGGGCUUCUAGCAGCGUUCCCCAAGCUCAUGACUGGAGGACGACAACAUACCUUUGUGGAGACUGAAUCAGUCAGGUAUGUGUACCAGCCGCUCGACAAGCUAUACAUGCUGUUGAUCACCACCAAGGCCAGCAACAUUCUCGAGGACCUAGAGACACUGCGUCUCUUCAGCAGAGUUGUACCAGAGUAUUGCAGCCAGCUCACCGAAGCGGAGGUACUGAACCAGGCAUUCAACCUGCUGUUUGCAUUUGAUGAGAUCGUCGCGCUCGGGUACAGGGAAAGUGUCAACCUGGCACAGGUACGCUCGUUCGUUGAGAUGGAUUCCCAUGAAGAGAAGAUCUACCAGGCUGUCAGACAGACACAAGAGCGCGAGGCCGCCAACCGCAUGCGUGAACGCGCUAAGGAGCUGCAGCGCGAGCGACUGGAGGCCGCCAAGCGGGGGCAGCCGCCCCGCUCGCAGAUGUCGUUCGGCAGCAGCGGUGGGUUUGGCAGUUCAUCAAUGUCGUCCUCGCAAGUUGCUGAGGCAGUCGCUGAGAAGAUUCCCACCACCCCGGCACGUGACACCCGCCCCGCCACCCGGUCGGCCAUGAAGCUGGGGUCGCGCGGCACGGACACGGAGUCGUUCGUGUCGCGCCUGCGCAGUGAGGGCGACGCCGUGGCGCAGCCCGCCGCCGCCGCCAGCGCCGAGCGCCCGCCCGCCGCCAACACCAAGGAUGUCCACCUUCGCUUCGAGGAGAGGCUGAAUCUGACCGCGGGACGAGAUGGCGAUAUACAGAGCUUCGAGCUUUCUGGUCUGCUGACGUUGCGUAUCACCAACGAGCAGUUCGGCCGCAUCCAUGUGCACGUGGACAACAAGGACCCGCGGCCGCUGCAGCUGCAGACUCACCCGAACGUGGACAAAGAGCAGUUCCGUUCAAGUGGAGUGAUCGGCCUGAAGCAGCCCCAGCGGCCGUUCCCGCUGAACAGCGACGUGGGCGUCCUCAAGUGGAGACUGGCAGCCGCCACCGAUGACAAGCCUCCGCUCUCCGUGAACUGCUGGCCCUCUGAAGGCGCUAACGGCGGCUGCGACGUCAACAUCGAGUACGAGCUGGAGCAUGACCACCUCGCGCUCACAGACCUCCACAUCAACAUACCGCUCCCCGCGGGCAACAUCCAAGUGGUGGUGCACCAGUGGGAGGGCAGCUACACGCAGAAGGGCCGCAGCCUCGUGUGGAGCAUCCCGCUCGUCAACCACCAGCAGAAGACCGGCAGUCUCGAGUUCACGGUAACCCCGGCGAUUCCCAACGACUUCUUCCCGCUCAACGUGACGUGGAGUUCAGAGACCUCCCUGGCCCUCCUCACUGCUACUAAAGUGACCCAAGCCGAGGACGGAUCGCCAGUUGACUUCUCACAUGAAGUGUCUUUCCACCCAGAUAAAUAUGAAAUUGUCUAAUGUACUGUAAUAUCUUAUAUAAUUUUAUAGAAUUAGGUACUUUAUGGCGCCUAUUUAUUUGGUUUAUAGAUAGAAAUCGGACGUAUUUUUCCAUUGGGAAACUUACAACUUCGAAAAAUAUUUAUUGAAGAUUUCUUUAUUUGCAAUUUCAAUGCAAAAAAAUGUUACAAUAAAAUAAUCACAGUAUGCGUGACGAUAGAAGAAUAAAAUCAUGAGAUUAUGAUUUAUUUAUUAUUCAAAAUAUUUUUAAUGAAAUCUUGAAUCAGGUGAAUGGCGGGAAAGUAAGAAAUAUAUUUUUAAGAGUUUAACGGCUCUGUCUUAGUAGCCUUUUUAAGCCUGUUAUUAAUUGAUCAUAUUACUUAAUUUUUAUAGUUUGAUGUUUUUCCGAUGUGAGUGUUAAAACGAAGCCCUCAAAUAAUAUUUCCGAUUUCUACCUAUAAUUUGUACUACACCUUCGCGAAAUAUAACGCCAUAAUUAUAUUGUAUGUAAUAACUAAGGUACUGUGAAAGGAAAUAACUUAGUUCGUCUAAAGUUCUCUUCGAAAUAUUUUAUAAACAUUAUAAAUGUUUUGUUUAUCUAUGUAAUGUUACAUUCUAGUUAUUAUUAUUGAAAUUUAGUAGGUAAAUACAAUACUGACAUUCCUGUAUUUUCGUAUUGUACAAACCACUCUUUUCAUAAUGAUAUGUGCAAUUCAAGGUACCUAUUACAAUCCCGUUCAGUACACACUAUUAUUUCAAUAAAAUGUAGUAUAAUUUAAAAAACUUUAUGCAAGUGUAAAAUAUCGAAAUGUAAUAUCAAUAAAAAUUUAAUUUAAAACAA